GGUGCCGGUGCGGCGCGCACUUGGCGGCUCAGUUGCCAGCGAGACGCAGAGCAGCACAGACACGUUCGAUCAGCGCAGCAGCACCGACUCCCUUUUGACUCGCAUAUACGGCAGUAUAUAUACACAACUACAGACAUGGCCGAUAUCAGCAAGGACGAGCUCCGCAAGGAGAUCACCGCUAUUUUGAAAGACGCAGAUUUGACUUCCAUGUCAGCCAAGAAGGUCAGGCAGCAGAUCGAGGAGAAACUGGACGUCGACCUCACAGAAAGAAAGAAGGAGAUAGACGACUUAGUCAUGGAGUGCCUGCAAGAGAAGCAGGACAGCGGCAAGACGAAGAAGAAGAAGGCCGCCAGCGAAGAGUCUGAAGACGGUGAGGAGGAGGAGGAGGAGGAAGAGGAGGAAGAGGAGGAGGAAGAGGAAGAGGAGGAAAAGAAGCCCGCCAAGCGCGGACCUCCUAAGAAGACGGCGGCCAAGCGCAAGAAGGGCUCCUCCGACGAGGAAGACAGUGCCAGUGAUGAAGACGCUAGCGACGAGGAGUACAGCCCCAAGAAAGCCAAGCCCGCCGCCAAGAAAGGAAAGGCCACCGGAAAGAAAGGCAAGAAAGGAAAGGGCGGCGACAGCGACUCCGACUCCGACUGGGGCAAGAGCAAGAAGUCCAGUGGUGGUCCAAAGAAGGGAGGUGGCGGCAAGGGCAGCGGAUACACGCGUGCCAUCACGUUGAGCCCCGAGCUGGCCGCCCUCGUUGGUGCUAAACAGAUGCCCCGAUAUGAAGUCGUGAAGAAGCUCUGGAGCAUCAUCAAGGAGAGGAAGCUAUACGACCCCAAGAACAAACAGUUCGCCAUCUGCGAUGAUGACCUCUUCAAAGUUAUCGGCGUCAAGCGUUUCAGGACCUUCGGUAUGAUGAAGUACCUCAAGGACCAUUUUGUGGACUAAAUCGUUCCUCUGAUUCUCGAAUCUAUUCAGAAGUGAUAUAUAUAUAAAUAUAAGUCGUGGUGUGAAACAGCACCUUUUCUCCAUCUUCGCGAACUCUAUGAAAAAAGAAAAACGCGUACACAUUAACACAUCGUGCAUCCACAGAUUAUGUGAUCGCACAUACAUCACAAACACACACAUGCAUUACUUAACAUCUUACUUUUUUAAUGUGAAAGAUCAAUCCUUCCUCCAGAUAGAUUUCGACUGCGACAGCUGCUUCGCUCUAAGUCUAACGUCGCCUUUUCCUAUUAAGAACUUUGAUUCUUUGCAUCGUUAUUUAGCUUUUACUUUAUCGUGGGUCCUCUAUUUUUAUGAAUUUUUGACGUUGAAAUUUGUAAAAAGAAAUAGGGCAGUUGUCGCAGACCGAAUCUUUUUGUAUCAUUGAAACGUAUAAUGUACCUUGCGGUAACAUUUUGUAUUGUACAUUCUGGUAUUCUUUUACAAUCUCAUAACAAUUUAUACAGUCAGUGCUUUGUUAUGAAAAUGACCAUCUUCUAUAAAAAUUUUGUACACUUGUUUGUCACGUAUAUAUAUUUUUUUUUAUUUAGGGUAUAUAUAUGGCGUAUACAUAUUUUAUUUUGCGAUUACAGACUAAUAUGACUGUAUGUAUAUGUAAAUAUACAUAUAUAUAUAAAUAUGAAAAAAUGAUACUUUUUCUUAAGAUAUAAUCAAGCGUUGAACAUUCAAUAUAGAAUUUUUUUUAUAAUUUUCCAUCUUGCUCAUUAAUCAGACUGUAGUGAAGGAAAAUAAAGAAAAAUGAAAACAGCAAAUGGUUUUCUAAAAAUAAUUAUUCGAGUGAUAAUGCCGUAAAGUAGAUAUUGAAAUCAAUGAUCCUGUACCUUUUCUGUAUAAUAGCUAUAAAUUGAUCAUGAAGUUAAUGGCUAAGACAAAUUUACUUGUAUUAACGUGUAAUUAAUAAUUAUCGUCGUAACUUAGGUACUUUUGGUGUAAAAAUUAAAGUAACUUUUAAGAUUUCAACUGGAUUGUAUUGUACUUUUAACAAAGGAAAUAAGAACUAUGUUACAUACAUGUUUGCGGUCUAUCGAUUCAUACUAAAAAAAAAAACAAUGAAAAGUUAAAAUUAGAAGCUGACAAUUGUGAGCCGACAUUGUGCGCAAUGCCGUAGGAAGUAAGAUUUCAAUUUGUGUAUUUUAAAUAAUUAAAAUACUGGCCUAAAUCUUGCUGAGAAAUUUGAAGCAUUAUGUAAGGCAAUGCAAGAUAGCAGACGAAGCUACAAGAAUACUAUCGAAUAAUGUUGAAAAAAAGAACUAUGAUAAAUUGUGUAUUUGAACGUGUCUGAUUAAAAAGUAUUGCUUUAAUUUUUUUUACAAAAAA